CGGUCUGACCAGAGAUCUGAAAAUCCCAAUGAUUGAUCUCCAUUUACGCUCCCCACUGACAUCUACAGAGAAAACACCACUAGCUUCAGCCGUGAAUGUACAUUUCGUGGUGGGGAUUUAAAUCGUAUGAAGACCAGCAUUAUUUGAAGAUCAGGCAAGGCAUUCGGCCGCGCCUAUCUCGGAUCAACCAACAUCGUCUAAAAAGGUUAGCAGCAUGCAUGCCAAUGAGCAGACAUUCUUGCUAGCUCUCUGUAAGGCUUGGUAAUGUCGGCAGCGAAAUUGUUUUCCUCCUGCUAGCGAAGAUAGCUUUCAUGUUAGCAAUAAACUCGUUAACAACGACGGGUUGAGUUAAAAUGUUAGUAGUAACAACGCGUAGUUAGUAAUGUAGAAUCAGUGGUGGGUUACCAAGUGUAUAAUGUGAGAAUUUAGAAAUAUUACAGGAAGGUUUUAUGUAGGAACUUAGCACUUCUGAACCGUGGUUGUGUUAGCUUACGUAAGUUAGCCCGCGAUCCAGCUAGCUAUAAUAUGCUAAACAGCAGCAAGCUAAGUUUGUUGGCUAGCUAGCGACAGUUAAUAUUAUUACAAAGCCAGCUGUGUGUUAACGUUAUCAAACUAGCAAAUACUCUAACUAGCUAACUGAAUGUGAACUCUGGCUAGCUUGCGUGCCAUUUCACCAGGAAAAGUAGAAAGCCAGUAACGUUAGUCGACAACCAAGCUUCAUAGCUGAUGAGACAAUAGAAACCCGAAGGGGUACAGCCCAGAUACAUUCACUACAGCUUUUUGUUAUAAUGUACCUAUCUGUAUUGUUUGUUUUGAUUCGAUUGCAUACGGUGUAUUGCAAUGACAGAACAAAGUAACAUACCAAAUCGACCUCUAGGGAUACAAAUAAAGCCGUUUUGGAGUGUUGACUGACAGUGACGCGCAACACAGGCAGAGGGGAGAGCUGACAGGAAAUACCCAUCAUUGCUGAUGGUGUACGAACGACAGUAGAGAGAACUACUCGUACACCCGCCGCUUUCCGUUUUACCUACGCCCCAAACCAAGCGGUUCAUGCGAAGGAAGAUACUCUCUAGAACAGGCCGAUUACGAAGAUAGCAAGGAGUGGCGGCCAGGCGAGAGGGAGGCUACGGCAAACCAUCUCUCCCAGAUAUACCUCCAUUACGCCCACCUACCACCGCCUCCUUCAGCCAUGGAUCCGCCGAGGACUCGGUCACGUUCAGGUUUCUUUCAUUAUGGCAUGAACGGUGGUGGCAACGGCAAUAACACAAUCAACAAUGGGAACAUGAUGAAUGCCAGCGGAGGGAUCGGGGUGAAUUACCCUCAACAAAACAACCCCGGCUGGGUUCCGCACGGAGCGCGCGGUAGCUAUUCGGAGAACCAGCACACCCAGGGGAACUACCUGUCCGGUGGGGCGCAACGCCACCCUUCCCACGGAGCACACAGACACCCCGGCACCGGUGUCCUGCACUUCCACCCUGAUAACAUCUGCAGUGAUGAGCGGGACAAGAUGGAGGACAGUCCUAGCCCCAAGCGACAGCGUCUUUCCCAGCAGUCUAUGUUAGAUCUAAGCUCUGCCCCUCCCUCCACCCCAUCCUCUCCCAUUCGUCCCUGGGAGCUACCCCACACCCCCACUACCUGGGCCACACCCCCACCCAGUCGCAGGCCACACCCCCACUACCUGCCGGAGCGAUGCCACACUCCUGUUCGCAACCGCCGCAGUCCUCCAAUGAGACGCCAGCGUGGCCGCCGUGACCGUCUCACCUCCCACCCUCAUCACAACUCUCACCCCCAACAUCAUCACCACCACUACCACCACCAUCACCACAACCCGCACCAUCAUCAUUCUCACCCCCACCACGGCCUCUCAGCAGGGCCUCAGGAUGAGAACUACCGGCACCCCGUCCCCCCUCAGAGUUACCCCUACAACCAGCAACCCCCCCGGGGGCCAGAGGAGCGCCCCUACCACCCCCCCAACCUAUCCCCACGCCCCCUCCACCACCCUCCUAACCUGUCCCCCAGGCUGAUGCACCCUGCCGCCCACCCCCAGCACCCCCCUCAGCAGCAGAGCAGUGUUGUGCUGGACCUCCAUGACCAGGGUUCUUCUCAGGUGUCAUACCCGGUCUCUCCCCCUGGCGCACCCCCUGGCCUGUCCCCCCGCUCUGCCCCCCCGCAGCUCCCAGCAUGCUCGGUGGUCUUCAGUGGACAACACUACCCUGUCUGCAGUGUUCCUCCAUCGGUUCUGCAGACAUGCUCUGUGCAGCACCUGCCCAUGCCCUACCCAUUCCCUUCCCUGCUGUCCAGUGACCCCACCUUUCUCCUGCCCCCUCCCCACCUGUCCCACCAUCCCCCUCACCUCCCCCACCAUCCCCCUCACCUCUCCCAGCCUGGACAGUUUGGACCCUACCCCACACAGCAGGCCAGAUCGCCGUUACAGAGGAUAGAGAAUGACGUGGAGCUGUUGGGGGAACACCUGUCCUUAGGGGCGGGUCUCCACUACCCCCCCGCAGCCCACCCCGGCAUGCCCCCCCACUCCACACAGCUCCACUUCCUUUCCCAUGAUCCACUGCCACAGGAGUUCUUUGGAGUGUCGUAUCCCAGCUUCAUGCCACGACGUAUCCCAGGACGACGCUACCGCUCCCAGCAGCCACUGCCACCCUCGCCUUACCACCCCAGUUUCCUGCCUUACUUCCUCUCCAUGCUGCCAGUCCAGCCAACAGGCCCUGCCAUCAGCCUGGAGCUAGACGUAGAUGACGGAGAGGUGGAGAACUAUGAGGCGCUUCUCAACCUGGCUGAGCGUCUGGGAGAGGCCAAGCUCAGAGGACUGACCAAGGGAGACAUUGAACAGCUGCCUUCCUAUAGGUUCAACCCCAACAACCACCAAUCAGAACAGACGCUGUGUGUGGUGUGUAUGAGUGACUUUGAGUCUCGUCAGCUGCUGCGGGUUCUACCCUGCAGUCAUGAGUUCCAUGGAAAGUGUGUGGACAAGUGGCUCAGGGCUAACAGGACGUGUCCCAUCUGUAGGGCUGAUGCCUCCGAGGUCCAGCGAGACUCGGAGUGACCAGCAGGGGGAGACAACCACGCUGACAGUUGUAGUACUGCCCUCCAUCUCCUUUAGCGCUCUUGCCCUUCUGUCCUCUGUUUAUACUCAAACUCCAUUCCCACUGGUCCAGCACACACCCAUUGCAUCUCUCUAGCUCUGAAUGUCCUUCAGUGUGUGUGUGUGUGUGCGUAGGAACGUGUCUAUCUGUAUGAUUCCUGGCGUUGGUAUGUACCAGCGUUGUGUGUAUGAUACUGUAUUUUAGUGUCUCUGAUCGUGUGUGAGGUAUGUGUGUGUUUAGACUUGGGUGUCCACACGGCCCUCUCCAUGUAGUUGACACUUAAAGGUCCAUGCCACUGCGCUGCCUCUCUGUAGAACUAGUUAUUGUUUAGUUUCUCUGCCUGGCUGUUUACCUCGUCAUUCCUGUUGCUCAUUGUUACCACGACAACGCGCUUCACCGUAUUCCUCUGAACUUUCUCUUAUUCUAUUUCUCUUUAUUUUUGUUCCUUAUUAAAUAUGAUCAGUUUGUCUGACUGCAGUGGCACAUAUAUAUAUAUAUACUGUAUAAAUAUAUGAAUAUCUGUAUACCAAAUAAAAGGCUUGAUAUUAACUUUUUAAAAAUCACAUUUUGUACAGGUUCUUUUAUUUUUUUUUUUGUAUUAUGAGCUGUGGUGCAGUUAGGUUUGAUUGUGCUCAAUUGAUUUGUGUUCUGGAUGUGUUAGACUUUAGGUGGUGGUUCGUUAAUAAAAGACAUUAUACACACUGA